AUGUCAAAUUCAUCAUCGAUGAUGACAAUAAAUAAUAUUCUUAAUACAUUGGUACCUUCACAUUCAUUGGUUGGAAAAGCAACUAUAGAUAAUAAUCAACCUACUCCUGGUUAUUUAUUUGUUGAUCUUCAAAACGAAACAUUAAUUUCAAAUGAAAAGAGCCAGCAAGUAUUAUCACAACUACUCAAUAGAUUAAAAAAAGACUCGCCAACGGUGAAACUAAAGUCAUUGAAGUGUAUGAAACAUCUUUUGCUCAAAGGAAGUGUAACAUUUCGUCAAGAUUUAAUUACAUGUUCAGACUAUAUCAAUCAAUGUACAAAUUUUAGAGGAACAUUAGAUCCACUACAUGGCGAUGCACCAUUCUCAGCGGUUAGAAAGGAAGCAAAUGAAAUAUUGAAUCUACUAUUUCAAUAUACUUCUAUCACUCCAUUGGAUUAUCAGCAACAACAACAACAACAGAAUAUUGGAUCGAAUUCAUAUUCAAAUCAAAAUAAUGUAGCACAACAGCAGCAACAACAAGCAUCGUGGGUUGGCUUUGGAUCGAAUGGAUCGAUUACCAAUGCGCCAUUACCAGCACCGACAGCUAUCGAUCAAGUAAAAGAAAAGAUAAAUACUGUAAAGGAUAAAUUGGUUUCACAUAUUGACCCAAACAGCAGCAGCAGCAACAGCGGUAGUAACAAAAAGUCGACACAACUCACCAACUUUGGAUCACCGAUUCUAGAGUCAACUCAUUCAUCCACCUCAGUACCAAUCAUACCUAUUAGAGAUGGUACUCAUUUAAUGUCAUCAAAUAAUAAUAAUAAUAAUAAUAGUGGAAAUAAUGAUAUACUAUCAGAUAACAAUAGUAGUAAUAAUAAUAGUACAUUCGAUUCACAAUAUAAUAAUACAGAAUGGUAUCGAUUAACUAAUAAUACAAUUGGUAAUCAAACAUCAACAACAACUAUACCUAUAUCUAAUAUAACUAUUUUUAUUGAAUAUUAUAAUCAACUAUUACGACAACAACAACAACAAACUAUUUUAUAUAUAAUACAAUUACUUGAGAAUAGACUAAAGAGUAAACAUUGGCAAAUAAGACAUAAAACAUUAGUAUUAUUAGAAUCAAUUAUAAAAGAAGAAGAACAACAGCGACAACAACAAUAUUGCAUAAAUUAUAUUAGAAAGAAUAAUGAUAUUUUACUUUUACAGGCAAAUUCUGUGCAAAAGUCUAUAAGAGAUAAAAGUAGAGCUAUCCUUAAACAACUUGACAUACCUCUUGCUACCACAACAACAACAGCAACAUUAACAAAUCUACACCAAUCAAACAUUAGCAAUGAGAAUAAUAAUAAUAAUAAUACUCGAAACAAUUUCAAGGAAACUAGCAUGAACAACUUCAACAAUAGAUCUAAUCACCAGGAUCAACAACUCGUUGAUUUAGGUCCACUCCCUCCAGCAAUAGAUAAAACCUACCACCACCACCAAUCUUUAAACUUCUUUAAUGACCACUACCACCACCACUCAUUCGAUCAAGAAAAACAACAACAACAACAACAACAAUUCCACAAUAAUUUCAAAGAAGACAGUUUUCUGAAUCUAAAUAUAAAUGGCAAUGAAACAUUUUCGAAUUCAUAUUAUGCUCCACCUCCGAAGCAGCAAAGUGGUGGUGGUGGUACUUCUACAACACCUAUUAAUUUAUUUGAUAGUCUAUCAGUGAUGAAGAGUCAGGUUGAUCAACAUCGCUGUGGUGUAUCUACAGAUCAACAACCACGACACAAUCAGAACCGAUCGCAAGUGGAGAUGCCACUCUCAAUAGUGGAACCAUCCAUGCCUACCAAUCGAAGUAUUACUGCAGAUUCCAUAAAUGGCAGUGAAAUACUAUUCCCAAUUAUAUCAACAACCACCAUCAACAAUACCUCUCAAUCUAAGCCCGACAAGCCCUGUGGAUAUUCACAGCUGCAACAACAAUCAGCAACUCGUUAA